AUGUCUUCCAACCUGGAAUCAGCGAAGGACAUGCUUGUUUUCUUAGGAAAGUCGCUGUUUAGUAUUUUGGAGGCCCUACUUUUCCAGUUGAUCUCCAAGCCCAAGAAGAACGUUGCUGGUGAAAUAGUCCUCAUAACAGGAGCUGGGAGUGGCCUCGGAAGGCUCUUAGCCCUACAGUUCGCCCGCCUGGGAGCUGAGCUCGUUCUCUGGGAUGUGAAUAAGGAGGCCAAUGAGGAGAGCCUACAGGCAGCUCGGGAAGCAGGAGCCACCAGAGCGCAUGCCUACACCUGCGACUGCAGCCAAAGGGAAGAAGUGUACAGAGUGGCCGACCAGGUUAAAAAAGAAGUCGGUGACGUCUCUAUCCUCAUCAACAAUGCUGGCAUUGUAACAGGCAAGAAGUUCCUCGACUGUCCCGAUGACCUCAUGGAAAAGUCACUUGAUGUCAAUUUCAAGGCACAUUUAUGGACAUAUAAAGCCUUCCUGCCUGCCAUGGUUGCUAACAACCAUGGCCAUUUGGUUUGCAUUUCAAGUUCGGCUGGACUAGUUGGAGUCAAUGGGCUGGCAGACUAUUGUGCAAGUAAAUUCGCAGCCUUUGGAUUCGCUGAGUCUGUGUUUCUGGAAACAUCUGCCCAAAAACAAAAUGGGAUCAAAACUACAAUUGUGUGCCCAUUCCUUAUCAAAACCGGAAUGUUUGAAGGUUGCACAACUGCGUGUCCUACUCUGCUACCAAUUCUGGAGCCAGAAUAUGCAGUCAGAAAAAUAGUGGAAGCUAUUCUGCAGGAGAAGCUGUACCUGUAUAUGCCAAAGUUUUUAUACUUCAUAAUGUUCUUAAAAAGCUUCUUGCCUGUCAAGACAGGAAUGCUGAUAGCUGACUAUCUGGGAGUCUUCCACGUGAUGGAUGGCUUCACUGGCCCAAAGAAGAAAGCUUAAAGCCAAGUUCCAUGCCCUGUGUCAUCUGAUGCUCAUUGCCACGGCAGGCGUCUA